AUGCCUUUAACAAUCGACACCGUCGCCGUGUUCCUCCGCGGGACCAUCCUCAACCCAGCCCUCGUCGCCGCGGUAGCAGGAGUAGCAACGCUAUCUCUAGACCAAACCGCCCUCACUUCGUACAACGUACCCGUCACCCUCCCCCAACUCCAACUCGCCUCCUGCGCCCUCGCGGCCGCUGGCCUGGCCCUCCGGCUCCACGAGUACCUCACCCGCUGGACCGCCAACAACUGGACGACGGACACAACAUGGGACUGGUCCAAAGAAAUCGUCGUCGUCACGGGCGCCAGCGGUGAAAUCGGCAUCGGCGCGGGCGUGGUGCGCGAUCUCCUCGCGCGGAACCCGCACACGACGAUCGUCGUGGUGGACUAUGCUCCCCUGGCAUGGCAACCUAGCCCAGGGACGGGGAAGAAUCUGCAUUAUUACCAGUGCGACUUGAGCGACAAGGAAAACAUCCGCUCCCUUUGCCAACGCAUCCGCGCCGAGGUAGGGAACCCGACGGUGCUGGUGAAUAACGCCGGGCUCGGCCGCGGGCGCACCGUCAUGGAGGGGACGUAUGCCGACGUGGAGCUGACAAUUAAUACCAACUUGCUGGCGCCGUUUUUGUUGACCAAGGAGUUUCUUCCGCAUAUGGUGAGGGAGAAUCAUGGACACAUUGUGAAUGUGAGCUCGAUGAGUUCUGUGAUGCCGCCUGCGCAGAUUGCGGAUUAUGCGGCGACAAAGGCUGGAUUGGCGGCUCUUCAUGAGAGUCUUCAGCUGGAACUGAAAUACAUCCACAACGCGCCCAAAGUCCGGCUGACGCUGGGCCUCCUGAGCUUCAUCAAGACGGCCAUGUUCAAGGGUGAGACGGGACAGUCGGCGUUUGUGUUUCCGUUGCUUGAGCCGGAUACUGUUGCGAGGGCUUUUACGGAUACGUUGUAUAGCGGGCUCGGGAGGGUGAUUUACCUGCCGGGUAUCAUGCGGUACAUUGCCAUGUUGAGGAGUUCUCCCGAGUGGUUUUGGAGGAUCGCGAGGGAGAGUACUGCGGGUCUCAAGGUGGACUUUAAGGGGUAUCAAAAGGUUGAUAGCAAGACUGGGAAGUUGGAGGUUAUGGAUGGUAAGAAGUAG